ACUGUCCCACAGUUGUUUUUUUGUGACACAUUAAUGAGCACAGUCUCUGUAAUGAAGCUUUGUGAUGCAGGAGUGUUAUGGAAUAUGCUAGCACACCGUCUUUGUGAUGCAUGAGUGUGAUGCAAUAUGCUAGCACACCGUCUUUGUGAUGCAUGCUUUGUAAUGCAUGAGUGUGAUGCAUCAUGCUGGCGCAUGUGAUGGAAUAUGCAAUGCGGUGGCACAUGACAGGGUCACAUCAUUCAGGAAAUGUAUAAAUUUAAUUCUAACAGACAAGGCACAAUUCUUUCACCUCAGAAAAUACAAUCGGUGGCGUUUGGGUUUGUAAAACUACCACAAUGUGCUCUGGAGGCUUUGCGAGGUGUCUGGGGAUCAGUCUGAUGCCCCUGGUUGUAGGGUGUGUUCUGUGCAACAUCCUUCUCUUCUUUCCUGGUGGGAACGUUGUGGAUAGUGAAAACAUCACAAAACAAGUCUGGUACUUUGGAGGAAUUUUGGGAUCUGGGGUUUUGGUGAUUUUCCCGGCCCUGGUCUUCCUGUGUCAGAAGAACAAUGACUGCUUCGGUUGCUGUGGCAGAGAAAGCUGUGGGAGGAGAUUUACGAUGCUGAGUUCCAUACUGUUUGCUGCUGUUGUUGGCCUUUUAGGAGCCGGUUAUUCAGUCAUAAUUUCAGCUCUUGCGAUAAAACAUGGCCCCAAAUGUGAGGUUAAAGCGGGCAGUGCAACAACGGGCGAUGCAACAACUGCCAGUGCAACAACGGACAAUCCAACAAAGUGGGAGUAUCCCUUCGAAGAUGGUGCCUAUGUAACUGAUUCAACCAUAUGGUCAAAAUGUACUGCUCCUGUUGGUGUGGUGCCAUGGCAUCUCUCCCUGUUCUCUGUUCUACUGGUCAUGGGUUCAAUCCAGCUGGUGCUGUGCGCUGUGCCGGUGAUAAAAGGGCUCCUAAGUGCUCUGAAUGUGGAAUGCUGUGGUCGGAAUGGUGGAAGCUGUUUCAGCAGUAAGAGAACCUGAGAUCAACUUCAGCAUUACCUUCUUUAUUGUCCAUUUAGAAAAAAAAAAGUUUUGUUAAAAGAGCUACUUGAUUGCAGUGUGAUGUAUAUUAUGUACCCAGUCUUAAGAAAUUUCAACUAACUUCACGCUCCAUUUUUUUUUAAUUUAUGGUUGACAUUUAUAUAAAAUUGGGUGUAUGAUGCAGUGCAGAUUAUUUUGUAUUAUUAUUUUAAUUUAUACCUCUCUGGCAUACAGGCCAUAGGCAAAUUAAUAACAUUCUGUGCAAUGGCAGAGCCCCCCUUUUAGCUGAUCUGAUAGACAAGUUUCCUGAGUGAAAUAUGGGCGCCGCCAUCUUGGAAAAUAUCUGCUUCGAACUUCCGGUUAAGAAAAAAAACUCAUGAGUUCGCAGUGUGUUGACGAAGAUAAAACUGCAAACUAAAGCCAGAGGAACCCACGGAAUCUCCAAAAAUGGAUUCAGCACGACGUAGAUGAGACGUAGAGGAGAUUGUAUAAUUGUUCUCAUCACUUCGUUGAUCAUUCGUCGACAAAAUUAUAACAACCUGUUGACAUGAGGUAUAGAUUGAUACGCCGGCCACUUGAGUGACCAAAAUGAAGUAAAAUUACAAAUUAUAUUACAUUUGCCGAAUUCAGAAAGGCUGACACUGAUUUUGUUGUUAAAAAGUAAUACUACAAGGUACAUUUGGACAACAUGAUUCCAUUUCUUGUUUUAUUCAAAGGGAUUGGUGCAUGUGCAAAACAGGUCAAUAAAUCACAAUUUAUACAAUUGGAAAAACAGCAUACAAGCAUGUGAUAUCAGACCGCCUCCGGAGCCUCGCCAAACUUUCACCUGACAUUACGGCCUCCAGACAGGCUUUCUCAGGCUGUCCUCAGUAAUUCCAGCUCCAGUAGCGUAAAGUUGCUGCAGUUAAAAAGCUCGUAGUUGGAUUUCGGGAAUGAGCUGACGGUCUGCCGCGAGGCGAGCCACAGCCUCCUGCCCCACUGUCUCGGCCGCCCCCGGGUAGAACGGCAUAGUCAAUAAAUGUCGUUCAACGUACAGUAAGUGUUGCUGCGAGGCAUAUCAACUUAUCUUCCCUUGCCGAACAGCAUUUUCCACCUGUAAACAAAUGAACAAAAACUUGAAACCCUUGCGUUUACGCUUUGACAUAAUUGUGCCAUCUACACGUACUGAUUAGCAACAGGCUAGCAGCAGAUACAGUAGUUGUAGUAAAUAAAAUUAAAAGAUAAUUACAAUCAUCGUAAUAACAAUAUCAAAGGCAACAAGUCGUUUCAUGCGGAAGAUUUUAGCUUUAUUUUUUAGCACCGUACACAUGAAAAUGCAGGGAUAGGAAGAACAUACCUUUCAUAACACAGCGGUAACAUGGCUACAAAAACACCCGGUCUUUGUGGUGGCACGAGCUUGGUUCCACAUCUGCCUUCAUGAACAUGUUGUCCUCCUCUGUCGUGAUGAUGGCAGAUGGAUGCUGUAUUUCCAAAUUGUCUUUUUAAGGGAUUUUGAUGAGUAAUGUGACUCCAGCUCAUUGCUUCUAAAUUAUUUUCUGUUACUCUGUUACGUCCCCGCCAGGAAGACGUAAACGUUUCGCAGCCCCCCCAACUCUGCCGCCACUGUAAAUAGUAUAAUUUGUCUAUAAAAUAUAGUAUGAUUUGUCUAUUAAAUUAUUAUAUUGUAGGUACACCUCUGUAUAACGUCCUUUUUAAUAUAAAAAAAGUAAUAUAGCUCAACAUAUACAAUAAUGUAUAACUUUAUUAACAUUGUUUCUUUUGUAACAGAAAAGACUUAAAGCACAUCAAUUUUCCUGAAUUAAAAAAAAAAAGUCACUUCCAAACUGUAAAAAUACACUCAAGCUACAUUUUUUUUUGCCAUUUGAUACUGAAAAAUCAAUAAAUAUUAAUUCACACUGAUUAGCAACAUUAACUCAUGAGGAUAACUAAUUUGGCAGAAAAAACUGAUAGAACCAAAAUAACCGUGUCACUGGACGUUUUAAAUUUUGAUGUAGGCAGAAUCAGCUCCUUCGCUAUGGUGCGGGUUAUUAUGCACUGAGCAACUUGGAAUGUCAACUUAUAUGAAGUUAACAGUGCUCGCUGGUUUACUGAUGUAACACAAAGCGGGCAGAUUGUUGGCAUUAUUCACCACAUUUUCGCUGAAAAAAAAUCAAACAGGUUAUAAAUGUGAUUGGGAUCUAACGUCUUUAAGUGACAUCUUAAUUGAUUUGGCUUCCUGCUCUCCGCUGCAAACAAUUUUAGACACAGUAAACCGACUGGUCUUUCCUCAUCUCCCACUAUAUUCAAAGUCAAAAGCCAAAAGUCAAUCACUACAUACGCUUUGACAUAU